AUGGUAUUGUCGGAGAGCGUCUCUGUUCUGUUCCGGCUCAUGAUGCUUAUUGCCUUUGACCCAUACACACUUCAAUUGAUCGAAACCGAUCCACUUGCAGCAUACCAUGUAAGUUGGAGUACAGAAGCACUCACUACGGAUCUGUUACUUUCACUCAUGCAACAUGGAGUCGUGAGCCUCAAGAGUGCUAAAGCACUGGAAAAAGGAGGGAGAAGAGAAUUAGAAGCUCGUUAUUUUACUGGCUGA